AUGGACGCCAAGGACGCCUUCACCGGCCCUGAACAGUCUUUACCGGUGCUGUCCCGGGCGCAUCCCGCAGAAACCAUUACCGCCGCCGACCCUCCUUUGAAGGAUUCAACGGCAACUCCAACACUGCAAGCCCCCGCCCGCAAUGCGCCGUCCAAGGUGCGCAAGACCCGCAAGAACAACAAUGUAUCGGGCAAGUCGACCCUAUUCUGGGUCAACUCUGAUCCACAGUCCGCGGCCCAGGGGACCAAGGACGAGACCCUGAAGCGCAUCCGCUCGCAUGUGAUGUCAGAGCACAACCGGAAGAAGAGACUCGAGAACACGAAACGAUACAAGACCAAGACCUGGAAGCAUCUUGCCUUUCAACCCCCCGCGACGGCGGUGACUGUCGGUCCUCAGCUUCCGCUCGCAUCGGCGUCGCUUAAUAAUGGUAGGAGCUCGGCUGAGAUUGAAUACUCGGAUGCACAUCAUGAGCUCAUCCCCGCGGGAGCUACAACAUACGCUGCUUCUACCGCAUACCCUUCAUCGUCAUCGUCGGGCUGGGAUGACAAUGAAUACGAAGAACCCGCCUCGAAGUCUAUAUGGACCUACCUGGGACAAGGCGCUAGAGAUCCAUUCAAUACUGGGCAUACCCAGCUCACGGAUCGGAUGAUGCGCCACGUACAAAGCUUCCUCUGGGAUCUCACACAAGAAGCCCAUCCAUUACAAACUCGAUAUAAGCCAAAAUUGCAGGCGCAUUGGGCUGGCUUGAUCCAAAAGGACCCGGCAAUCCUCCACGCCUCAAUUUGUAUGGUGACCUCGAAUGCGGCCAUGCAAAGAGGCGAGUUUCCUCUCACCGACCCGAGUAAACCACGCACUCCGCUCGUGCUGGAUACCCUCCAUCACCGCGGCGAGACGAUCCGCUUGGUCAACGAAGGUCUAUCUGAUCCGGCCAAGGCCGCCAGCGAUGAACUGAUUGCCGCGGUUUCCACCUUGCUAACAAUCGAGAUCGCGUCCGGCAACCCCGAUUACCUCAAGAUCCAUCUAGCCGGGCUGCGGCAAAUGAUCGCAUUACGCGAAAACUUUGCCGAUGUACCUUCAGAUAUCCGCUUUCAGAUUUCAUGGACUGAUAUACGUGUCGCUUGUAUGGCGCACGCGAAGCCCAUCUUCCCUUUUAUCCGCGGUACCCGCCCAGAAGGGUUAUCUCUUACUCCACUUAACGACGAUAUUGCCCAACUAGCUACACGUUUAAUAUCCCUGACGAAGGUACCCGGCAUUUUCAACGACAAAAUGAUCCAAAUUAUCUAUGACCUCCUCGAACUCAGCUGGUACGCUGAAUGGAUCAAAGGCAACACGGGACACAAAGAUAUCAGCGAAGAGACCGAAGACUACUUCAACAAUGAGGUGCCAGGUGAAAGGCGACAACUCGAUCGAGGGGUGCACGCGCCUCGCCUGCUUGCUCUUCCACAACUCCGCCAUCUGGAACUUCUAUCCUUCUCUCUCCCCCUCCUGCCAAAACCUAUCAUCGCCCUGCGCCUCGCCCUCGCCGAGGCCAUCCCGGCAGGCGUCUUUGAUCUCUGUCCAGAUCUACUGCUCUGGAUGCUAUUCAUUGGUGCCGCCUGCAGCUCAUAUCUACCGACAGAGCGUAUCUUUUUCGUUAGCGAACUGGCUGCUGCUUCUCGUCUCCAGGGGAUCAACACAUGGCAGGAAGCCCGACCUAUCCUCCUGGGCUUUUUCUACGUCGACCGUGUUCACCUGCCCAUGCUCCGCCAGAUUUGGGAAGAGGUGCAGCGGCAACACACGCCGACAGAGUUAUAA